CCAGUGUGUGAGUGUGUGUCCCUUUGCGACCCCCACAAAGAGAACAAGAGCCAGUGGCUUCUUGGAUCCCUUUCUCUCCUCUGCUCUUCUCCACAUUCCACAAUGCCUUGCUGCUGCUACUGCUGGAUCUCUCCGACCAUAGUUCUCUUCCUGCUCAGCAUCUCGCAUUGCGCUUCGGCUGCGGUCGAAGAUGGAUUACUGAACAACGGUGACUUUGAGACACCACCCCCUGGGGGUUUCUCAAGCAGUGGUGGUGUGAGUGGCAUGGGUGAAGGUGCAACAACCAUUCCCGGCUGGAACAUUGGCGGCACUGUAGAAUUACUCGAGUCCGGCCAGAAACAAGGGGGCAUGAUUCUCAUUGUUCCACAAGGGUCACAUGCAGUGAGAUUAGGCAAUGAGGCAGAAAUAAGGCAAAAUUUAGAACUUGAGAAAGGGUCCAAAUAUUCAGUGACCUUCAGUGCGGCACGUACGUGCGCGCAGCUGGAGUCAUUGAAUGUAUCAGUGGGAACUGCUUCACAGGCCGUGGAUCUACAAACACUGUAUAACGUGAUGGGCUGGGACGCGUAUGCGUUUUCCUUUGACGCCCAGUCUGAUGAUGGAGAAGAUGAUGUCCUUGCCUUUAGGAACACAGGGAUGGAGGAUGACCCCACAUGUGGGCCGAUCAUUGAUAACGUUGCCAUCAAGAAGCUCUUUACACCGGACAAACCCCAAGACAAUGCUGUGAUCAAUGGUGACUUUGAAGAAGGACCCUGGAUGUUCCCUAAUGAAACACUUGGUGUGCUACUCCCAACAAACCUUGACGAGGAGACAUCAUCCCUUCCUGGCUGGAUAGUUGAGUCUAACCGCGCCGUUCGGUACAUUGAUUCAUACCAUUAUGAUGUCCCACAGGGAAAACGCGCAAUUGAACUCCUUUCUGGCAAGGAAGGAAUCAUCUCUCAAAUGGUUGAAACAACCCCUGAGAAGGAGUACAACCUCACAUUCACAUUUGGCGCCGCAGGGGAUAAAUGCCAGCAGCCAUUGGCAAUAAUGGCUUUCGCCGGAGACCAGGCGCAGAAUUUCCAUUACUCACCAACGGGGAAUGCAACUAACCAGGUUGCAAAUCUGACCUUUACAGCCAGGGCUGAGCGAACAAGAAUUGCAUUUUAUAGUGUCUACUACAACACAAGAAUUGAUGAUCGGAGUUCACUUUGUGGGCCUGUGGUAGAUGAAGUUAGGGUUUGGGGAACUUCUUCGGCUUCUGGAAUUCAAGCACGUUUGUUUGGAUUCUUAGCAACACUUCUGGUUGUGCUUAUGGUUUUGGUUUAAGUACUAUAUGUUGCUUGUCUCAUGGCUGCCUUGGUUAUUGAGGGAGUAAUGGUUAUCCUAAGAGUAAGAUGUAUAAAUUGUAUGAGGUGUGGACGUGUUAUCGUUUAACUAUGUUGCCUUGUUUGGGGGGAUUUAAAUGAGUUCCAAUUAAGGUGUUGCUCUAAGUUUUGACAUUCA